AUGGGCAACUACUUCUCCAAGAAAGGUGGCGGUGGGGGAGGAGAGAAGGAGAAAGAAACGGUCACGAAGCUGAGAAGAAGGAUAGAAAACCCUUACGUCUUCACCAGAACGAGUUCUAUGUUCUUCGACGAGGACGGGGACUUGGCGCACGAGUUCUAUACGGAGCAAAGAGUGGAGGUGAAGGCAGGCGUCGUCAGAUGGGUCAUGAGGAAAGUUAGCUCCGCCCACCUGACGCCACAGGUGAAAAGUCUGCCUCUCAUUCUAAAUAAAACUGGUGGCGACUUCUGGUACGGAAUCAUCGGCAAGAAACACGUGGGCCCAGACUACGUGUACCCAUUCCCAUUCUCCUAUACCGAAGAGCACUACGACCUCGACCAAGUCGGUAGAAACAUCACCCGAAUGAAGGAAAUAGUCUCAGAGUUCUUCACUCUUGCAAAGAGCAAAGGAAAGCCCUUCUUUCUCUACAUUGGGAUCCACGAUCCUCACAGAGGAGCGGACCAGGCACAGAUGCAGGAGUAUGGACAGUUCCUCGAGAGAUGGGGGGAUGGAAGUCCAGGCAUGGGACUGAUCCCAGACUGGACUCCGACCAAUUACUCCCCAGAAGAUGUCAAAGUUCCGUAUUUUUUGCCAGAUACCAACGCCACGCGAAGUGACCUAGCUGCUCUGUACCGCACUAUUAGUAGGUAUGACCAGGGAAUCGGGAUUUUCAUGCAACUUUUGGAGGAUUUCGGAUACGACGAAAACACGCUCGUGUUUCUAACCUCAGACAACGGCAUUCCUUUCCCAAAUGCCAAGACAAACCUAUACGAUCCCGGCAUGGGUGAGCCCCUGUUCAUCUCAAACCCACUUGCCAAGCAGAGGUGGAACACAACCACCCAAGCAAUGUCGAGUCACACCGACAUGGUACCAACUGUACUGGACUGGUUUGAUCUUCCUGUCCCAUCCUAUACCGUGAAUGGACAUAAGGUAGUCCUGCACGGAACGUCGCUUCUCCCAGUAACAGUCAAGGAACCGACAACUGGUUACGAUAAAGCCUUCUCCAGUCACAAUCUCCAUGCAGCCACAAUGUAUUAUCCAAUGAGGGUCCUUCGCAACAAGCAGUAUAAACUGAUACAUAACCUCAACUAUAAGAUGCCUUAUCCAAUGGCUCAAGAUAUCUACUUUUCUCCCUCGUUUCGUGACAUCGUUAAUCGCUCAAUUGCAGGGGAAUCCCUCCCAUGGUUCAAAACACUGGAAGAGUAUUACUAUAGAGAUCAGUGGGAGUUGUUUGAUCUUGAAAAGGACCCACAGGAACUGGACAACCUUGCCUACGACCCUACUUAUGAUUCCAUUCUCAAGCCAAUGCAGGAAGAACUUUACCUGUGGCAGAAAGACACCAAUGACAUUUGGAGGUGUGGUCCAUCUGGUGUGCUGGUGUAUGAGGCAGACGAUUCGUGCUACCCUCUGGACAACGAUACCUAA